AUGGAGAGACGAAAAGAUUUCAUGUGGAGAAAGCAACCUUUUUGGUUGCUUGUCGUUAUGCAGCAGAUUAUAUUGACAACAGCUGCAAACGUGACCACAGAUUCACCACAGGGAUCAGAAGAUGCAACAAGAGAGCUAUUCGCCUGGAGUUCUUGGGGCACCUGGAGCCCUUGUUCCAGAACUUGCAGCGGCGGUGUAUCAGUGCAAGAAAGGCAGUGUUUAUCCAGAUCACGUGAUCAAGCAACUCCUAUAGCUUCACCUAAUACUACCCUAGACACCCCUACCAUCAGAGUACGCGUGACUAGGCAGACGUCACAAGACUGCCUUGGCAUAUCCAAAAGAUAUCACGAGUGCAAUACAGCUCCCUGUGUUACCGGAGGAAGUGACAUGCGAGCAGAUCAGUGCUCGUCCUAUGACCGAAGACCUUUCCGGGGAAGGUUUUAUACCUGGGUACCUUAUGUGGAUGGUGAUUCUCCUUGCAUGUUGAACUGUAGACCUCUGGGUCAACAUUUCUACGCUUCCUUAUCACUGGUGGCGGAUGGGACACCGUGCACCAAGCCCGGAUAUCGCGCCAUCUGCGUGCAAGGGAGCUGCCGAGUGCUGACUGUAGAUAAGAAUACAUUAUGUGACCACCCCUACUCUGACCGCGGAUGUUGCAGGUGGAGACUGAGGAAAUAUUACCGUACUAGUAAGUGA